AAGCUUCUGCAUUUUCUAUAGAGCCUUUCAAACCCGAACGUCUGUCAUAAUGAGCAGUGCAACAUGGCGCAGUGUCUUCACGUACAACAAGUACGCUCAAAUCACCGCACGAGCUGUCCGACAGUCGUUGAAGGAAACUGAGCGUCUCCAAGCGGAGAGACGAGGUGUUACUGCUCUGAGAUAUCAGAAAUGGGAAAAUGGUACUGGUGGAACGCAGGUAUUGUUGAACCCCGAGGAAGCCAAGGCUCCUCAAAAGAGUGCAGCGGUCUAGGAGUUGUCGUCAACCAUGGAAAAUAUCACACCGGAGUAAUCCAGGAUGCUUUGUCUCUGCACACGUAGCAAUUCAAAUAGAUGCGCUGACGCUCAUGAACGUCCAUACCCAUUGAGAAACCAAUUUACCGCUUGUACAUG